AUGUUAUAUUAUUGUUGUUGUCAUCACCAAUUUGUUGUAAUACUAAUUUCUGAUAGCAAUAAUGAUUAUGAGAAUGAACACUUAAAGAAUUUCGAUGAUGACAAUUAUCACAGCCACAAUCACCAUAAUCAUCAUCAUCAACAUCAUCAUAAUAAUCAUUAUCAUGAGCCACACAACUCUAGGGACAUGAAAUCCACUACUAAUCAAAAGCCGAGCAAUCAACCGCAAGUCGAGACUGAUUUUUAUUAUUACUUUAAUCAUGUCUUUUGA